UUUGGUAGAUCAAAAUUCGAAUCAAUAACUUUCUCAAAAAUGUCCUGCACUGCUUUAAUGAUUGCUGAAAAACCUUCUCUUGCUGAAUCAAUUACGAAGCUUUUAGCACCUAAUGGCCGAUACAAGACCCGAAGGCAAGCCACUCCCGUUCAUGAAUAUGUUGCAGAAUUUCGUGGUUCUAUGUGCAAAUUUAAGUUUACUUCGGUCAAAGGGCAUGUUUAUGGUUUGGAAUUCUCGAAAGAAUAUCAUAAUUGGAGUAUUGACCCAUUGGAGUUAUUUACUGCACGAACAGUUAAAGCAGAAGCUUCAAAAUCAGGAGGCAUCUGUCAUCAUUUGAAACAAGAAUCAAAAGGUGUCGAUUAUGUUAUCCUUUGGUUGGAUUGCGAUAAAGAGGGUGAAAAUAUAUGCUUUGAAGUUAUUAAAAACGUUCGCGAAGGUAUGAAAAAACCGCCCGAUGGUCAACCAAAGGACAGUCGAAUUUUACGUGCGAAGUUUUCUGCAAUCACGGCAACUGAUAUUCGUAAAGCAAUGAAUAACUUGACUUUUCCAAAUAAGAAUGAAGCUUUAGCUGUGGAUGCACGUCAGGAAUUUGAUCUCAAAGUUGGCUGUGCCUUUACACGGUUCCAAACUAGAUUUUUUAACCAAAAAUACGGAAACCUUGAUUCUAGUGUAAUAUCCUAUGGUCCUUGUCAAACACCUACUCUUUCUUUUUGUGUUUCUCGACACGAUCAGAUCAAGUCGUUUAGUCCAGAACCAUUUUGGACUUUAUCAGUUUCUGUAACUAAACAAGGUACUAAUGGUGUGCAGUUGGGCCCUGAAAUACAUCUUAGUUGGGAGAGAGCUAGAGUUUUUGAUAAAAACGUUGCAACAACAUAUCAAACUAUGGUUAGAGAAUGUAAAGAGGCCAA